AUGUUUGUCUGCCAACGCUCUCUCAAUCCGUGUAUGCUGAUCGACCUCCAGAUCCUCUUCCUAAUCGGCCUCACUCUCAUCAUCGGAAUCCAAAAAACAUUUGUCUUCUUCGCCAGACGUCAAAAACUAAAAGGCACUGCUGCCUUUAUGGCAGGAAUACUUCUCAUAUUGAUCCGGUGGCCACUGACUGGAUUUCUGGUUGAACUUUACGGGAUAUUCGUCCUCUUUGGCGACUUCUUUGCUACCAUAGCAUCGUUCGCUGGCAACAUCCCUGUCGUGGGUCCAUACAUCCAGAUGGCUCUCCAGAAAAUCUCGAGCGGUCGCCGGAAUGCAGAGUUGCCGGUGUGA